CCGGGCCUCUUUUUCGUGGCGUCUCCUAGGCGGUCGGCUGUGUCAAGAUGAAGCUGAAUAUCUCCUUCCCUGCCACCGGCUGUCAGAAGCUCAUUGAAGUGGAUGAUGAGCGCAAGCUUCGAACAUUCUAUGAGAAGCGGAUGGCCACGGAAGUAGCUGCUGAUGCUCUGGGUGAAGAGUGGAAGGGUUAUGUGGUCCGGAUCAGUGGUGGGAACGACAAACAAGGGUUUCCCAUGAAGCAGGGCGUUUUGACCCAUGGCAGAGUGCGCCUGCUCUUGAGUAAGGGGCAUUCUUGUUAUAGACCAAGGAGAACUGGAGAGAGGAAGCGCAAGUCUGUUCGUGGAUGCAUUGUGGAUGCCAACCUGAGUGUUCUCAACUUGGUUAUUGUAAAAAAAGGAGAGAAGGAUAUUCCUGGACUGACAGACACUACUGUGCCUCGCCGGCUGGGACCUAAGAGAGCUAGCAGAAUCCGAAAACUCUUCAAUCUCUCUAAGGAAGACGACGUCCGCCAAUACGUAGUCAGAAAGCCCUUGAACAAGGAAGGUAAGAAGCCCAGGACCAAAGCACCCAAGAUUCAGCGUCUUGUCACUCCCCGUGUCCUGCAACACAAACGCCGACGCAUAGCUCUGAAGAAACAGCGUACUAAGAAAAACAAGGAGGAGGCUGCAGAAUACGCUAAACUUUUGGCUAAGAGAAUGAAGGAAGCCAAAGAAAAACGCCAGGAACAGAUUGCCAAGAGACGAAGGCUGUCCUCGCUGAGAGCUUCUACUUCUAAGUCUGAGUCCAGUCAAAAAUAAGUCUUUAAGAGUAACAAAUAAAUGAUCAUGCCUUGAAUCUC